AUGAAGUUAUUCCACCAAUACCUUAUUGUCCUCAUCCUUGGACUUUUCCAGAUUGUAUUGGCAGUCCAGGUUCAAAAACCCAUUGUCGUUUCUUACCCGGAUAAUACCCCAGAUUCGGUAUUGAAUGAGGCAAAGAAGGCUAUAACUGAUGCUGGCGGCUGGAUCACUCAUGAAUUCAAUCUGUUCAAGGGCUUCGCCGCCAAAGCUUCUUCAUCCGCUAUCGAGACUAUCCAAGCAUCGUCCGCCAAUUUCCUUCCGGUCAUUGAGGAGGACAAGAUUGUCACUGUUGACGGCGAUUUCGGUUCAAAGUAA